UCAAGCUGUUUAUUGAUCAGUUAGUCAGAUUAAUCAUUAUGGCUUCCAUGAUGGCUCCUGUGACAGGAGAAAACAGGCCGGCGUUUUCCAUCGAGCGGAUUCUGGGUGUGGAGCUGAAAAGACCUGGAAACUGCCUGAAACUCCACCGACCCUGGGCAGAGAUUGAAGCAGAGAAGGAGAACAGAGGAAAAAGUAUGUUCUCUCAACAACAACAACAACAACAACAUCCUCAUCAUCCUCAGCAGCUGAACUCUCCCAGGCCGACAUCAAGUUGGUAUAUUGGACGCAGACCACGAACUGCCUUCACUAACAGCCAGGUGAAUGUGCUAGAGACAGUGUUUCGGGUGAACUGCUAUCCAGGUAUCCAGCUGAGGGAGCAUCUGGCAGGGAGACUCAACCUGGACGAGGACCGCAUACAGAUCUGGUUUCAGAACCGGCGGGCCAAGCUGAGGCGUUCCCUCAGAGAAACCCGUCUUCAGCUGGUUCAGACAGCCGUGGCUGAUCUUGGGGUCAGACAUGAGGUCAUAGGUCAACUGAAGCAGGAUGCCGCCCAGCAGCUCGCCUCUCAUCUCCAGCUGGAGGUGGAGGAAGGGGAGGAGUGAUUCUGAUGACCUCGUCCUGUUUCUGAUGUCAGGACUGGCUGUUUACAUGAACAUUGAUUCAUCAGCUUCUGACAGCUUCUGUAUUUCUUCUUC